AUGACUUCAACAACAUACCUCAACGAUUCCUCAUACCGAUCGAUUUCCAAAUCCAAAGGACACCACUCCGCCAAUUCCGACGUAUUCGACCACCAUCUAUUGAACCAAUUCAACUCUAGACUAGAAACAGAGUACCUUUUACGAACCAAGUCCAAGCACAAAAAGCCCCAUUCUCAUUCUCAUAACAAAAAAUUUGAAGAGCGACAUCCCAAAGCAUUCAAUGCGAUGUUCAUUGGAUCUACCGUAUUGUUAGCAGGAACCUGGGGAUAUUGCAUGUACGAAUUAUUCAAUAACUACGAUUCGAGAUCCGAAGGAUUAUCUGCGGGAUGUAAUUCCACGUCAGUAUGGAAUAAAAUGAAGACUUAUGAAAAUUAUAUCGAAGGUUUGAAGGAGGAUCAUCCGGAUUGGAAUAUUACUAUACCGGAUGUAGAUGAUGAGGAGUCUAAUGAAAAUCGGAAGAGCAAGAGAAGUUUGUGGAAGCUCGAGGAUGUGGAUACGAUUGUUGAGGACGUUCUGUCUUCUACGUUGCCUGAGGACGGGAACAACAAUGGCAAUGGUCAGUUUGACAUGGUAUGGACAGAUUCCAAGAAGACUGAAGGAGAUGAAAGGUUUUUGGAAUCGGGUGAGAGCGUAGAAUCAAAAAUUCCUAUUGUGUUCACAGCGUGA